UAACAGCCUCAAAAGAGAAUAUACCGUCUAGGUAAAACCUACUGUGUGAUUUUCCGGCAAGCUCCGACGUAAUCCCGCGACCGUAGUCUAGCUCCGCCAACGAAAUGGAAUGCAACUCCUAACUGGCAGUAAUAUAAGGUAUUCGUAUUAUUUCUUCACCUUCACGGAAGCAUUUGGUCAUGGGUUCAUCGGAAUCUACUCUUUCAAGGUCACAGAAAGGGGACGAUGGAAUCACCACUGUCUCCGAGCGAUUAGAAAGCUCCGAUCCCGUGCUGGAGAAGCUUAACUCGCUCCAAAUCGCGACUUCCAUAUUGACAUCUGAACCCUCAAAGAGCAGCUUGACAGAUAUUUUGGUCAAUCGACCCUCAACUUCCUCAGAUACAGUUAUUGUGGAUCCUAAAGUGCUAAUGGAAUUAUACACAACAUAUCAAAAAUGGCAAGAACAACAGGCUCACACCCUUAACAAAAGACAGGAAGAGUUGGAAAACAAAAUAGAAAUUGUAAAUGCUUUGGCAAUAAAACUUCUUCAAACAUAUAAUUUCUCCUCAUCAAUGAAAACAACUUCAAGUCACCUGUCGGGAGUUCAUGAGUUACAAGUGGAAGUUGGUGAGCUAAAAGGAAGGUUGACUGAAGUGAUUAGUAAUUGUGAUGGUGUAUGCAAGAGAAUUGUUGCAGAGGGUCCUGAAUCACUUCAGUCAUCAAUUAAGCCAUUUACAGCUGCUUCCACUACCACUAGCUUCUCCUCUACUACAUCAUUAAUACUAUGAUUCCAUAUCUUACUCAGGGACCAAACGCGCAACAAAAACAAAUAGAGGGACUUUCCGAGUUAAAAAAAUAAGUUAGGGACCAAAGGUGCGAAUUACCCCAAAUCACAGGGACUAUUCAUGUAAUUUACUCUUUUUUGUGUGCAUAUAACUUAUCGGAUUAAGGGUUUUUCUUUCCCGUUAAUGUUAACUAGCGGAAAAACCCGGACCUCGCCCCGGAACGUUUUUUGUGUUUUUUAUGAAAAAAUGUAAAAGUUUUGACAGUAAGGACCAAAACUGUCAAAAUGGCUAAAGAAUUAAAGGGGUUGGAAUUAGCAAGUUUUUAGAAAAGGGACCAAAGUUGUUAAUUCCUUAAAGUUUUGUGGCCAAACUUUGAAUAUUAA